UUCCAUUCUCCCAAAAAAAAAAAAAGGGGAAAACACCAGUGUUAUACCGAAGUAAGCUCUGGUUAGAGUGGAAUAUUAAUUUCCACCCUACUCACCCACUGAGAGCAUACGGUGUAACCUCACCCUUAUAAAUAGUUCAUACCAAAGUGUGAACAACUUCAGCCUGCUUCUUCUUCUUCUCCUCUUUUCUUCUUCAGAUGACGGGUACGUAACAGUGUGCUACAGAGGAGGAGGAAGAGGAAAAAAUGUCGCCCAAAGUACCUUCAGGCCAAGGUAGAGGGAACUAUUCUGCUGUCCAAGUUGCGGUUCGAGUUCGUCCUCUGCUUCCCAAAGAGCUCCUGCACUGCCAUGAGAGCUGCAUCACCGUAGACCCUGAGUUGAACCGGGUCACGCUGGGCCAUGAACGACACUUUGUUUGUGACUUCUUGUUUGAGGAGAGUUGCUGUCAGGAGGAUGUUUAUUCUGUGUCUGUUCAGCCACUUAUCGAUGCAUUCUUUCAAGGAUUCAAUGCCACCGUGUUUGCCUAUGGCCAGACAGGCUCAGGCAAGACUUACACUAUUGGAGAAGCUAAUAUUAGUUCCUUUAGAGAGGAGGAGCAGGGUAUCAUCCCCAGGGCUGUUGCUGAUGUUUUCAAACUGCUCGAUGAAAAUGAUCUGACCGACUUCUCUGUACGAGUUUCCUAUUUGGAGGUGUACAAAGAGGAGUUCAAGGACUUGCUGGAGGUGAAGACCGCCAGCAAGGACAUUCACAUCAGGGAGGAUAAAGGGAACAUUGUGCUAAGUGGUGUAAAGGAGAGUGAAGUAGAGGGCCUUGAUGAGGUGUUAAGCUUGCUGGAGUCGGGAAACACAGCUAGACACACCGCUGCAACCCAGAUGAAUCCAAAUUCCAGCAGGUCUCACACCAUUUUCACACUCUACAUGGAUCAGCGUCGUGGAAGUUCUCGCCUGUAUGGGAGUGCUGGAAGCUCUGGGCCACAGGUGUUGUCUUCCAAGUUUCACUUUGUAGACCUGGCAGGGUCAGAGCGCAUUUUAAGGACUGGUAACACUGGAGAGAGAUUGAAAGAGAGCAUCCAAAUCAACAGCGGGCUUUUGGCUCUGGGAAAUGUUAUAGGAGCUCUGGGGGACCCAAAGAGGAAAGGUUCCCAUAUACCGUACAGAGACUCUAAAAUCACAAGGAUUCUAAAAGACUCUCUUGGAGGAAAUUCAAAAACACUGAUGAUUGCCUGCAUCAGCCCAUCAAACUCAGACUUUGAUGAGAGUCUUAACACUCUGAACUAUGCGACCAGGGCCAGAAACAUUCAAAACAAAGCUAUGGUCAACCUCAAGCGAGAGCCGGAUCGUGUGGAAGGACUGGAGCAGCAAAUCAAAGCCCUUCGUAGGGCUCUGGAAAACCGUCAGCGCUCUGAGACGCGAAUCAUUGCUCACGGCGAUCCGAACAGGAGACCUCGGUUCGGAGAAGCAGAGAUCUGCAGGCUGCAAGCACAAAGUGCUCACUACAGGACUUGUACAGACACUGCUUACAGGUUGCUGCGGGAACUGCAGAGCGAGGGGGCUUUAACCACAGAACACAGUCUGAGGGUGAAGGAGUGGCUUUGCUCGGUUGAGGAGGAGAGGAGUGGGCUCACAACCGCCUCCGGACCAGACAGCGGUAUCGAGAACAGCUCCACCGAGGAAACCGUGGCAUUGAGAAGAAACAGGCCUUCUAUUAGGAAUCACGACACAGAAGCUGUGGAGGAAAGCUGGGACGGUGAUCAUGAAAAUGAGAAAGAGAGUAUACUUCAUCUUCAAUCAGAAAUCCAACGCCUGGAGAAGGAAAACACUGAUUUCUUAGCAGCACUGGAGGACGCCAUGGAGCAAUACAAGCAGCAGAGCGACAAGCUACAGGAGCAACAGGACGUGAUAACGGAACUGCAGUACCAGCUGUCUACUUUUGGCCUGAUGGGUCUCAACUUGAGGUUAAGGCCACACACUGCCCCCAUGAGCUCCAUGCAGCACGGUCAGAAUGGAAGCACAGCCAGACAGGCCAGCUUGAUGGGCCAUACAGGACAGGGUUCCGACCAGGAAGGGAAACUUGAUGAGGACCAGGAGAUCGAAGGUGGAGCAGAGACAUAUUUCAGGGAAAAAGACGCUGGUCAUACCAGCAUUAGCCAAGAGAAAUGCAGGUCGACGAACCUGACCUGGACCAAGGGAGACCUGCUUUCAGGAGGACUAGGAACAGUCAGUAAAGGCCCAUUUUCUCAGCUUGAGCCAGAUCAGCACCCAUGUUUAGCCAGAAAAGCAUCUAACUCCAGCAGUGGGGACAGUCUGAGAAGCUUUGAGGGGAUAUCAGAGUGUGGGCUUCUUCAGGCACAGCAGAAGAUCAGGGAGCUGUCUGUGACCAUCCGCAUGAAGGAAGAACUCAUCAAGGAGCUGGUCAAAACAGGUAAGGAUGCGCAGGCCCUGAAUAAGCAGUACAGCCAUAAGAUCUCAGCCCUGGAAAGUGAAGCUGAGCAGGCCCGUCAGGAGCUGCAGGAGGCUCAGCGACAACUGCAGGAUCUGGAGAGACAAGAGAGAGAAAUCAGCACAACGGACAGGAGCAGAGCGCAGGAAUGUCGCAGGAAGAUAGCUGCUGCUCAGAGCAGAGUUCAGGUUCUCAGCCAGCGACAGAGGGAUACGGUCCGUUUGGCCAACCUUCCUGUCCAGAGUGAGCGUCGCGUGUUGGAGCUGGAGAGAAGCGUCCAGUCCAUGAAGCAGCAACAGGAGCAGCUGCAGAGACGCCUGCGUGAGGAGAGUCAGCAGAAACGGCGGCUGGAGACUGAAAUGCAGAGAAGGACUCACAGAGUCAAGGAACUCGAGAUAAAGAAUGAGCAGCAGCAGAAGAUUCUGAGGAUAAAGACCGAGGAGAUCGCAGCCUUCCAGAGACAACGACGCAGCGGAAGUAAUGGAUCCGUCAUUUCUUUAGAAGAGCAACAGAAGAUUGAGGAACAAAAGCGUUGGCUGGAUGAGGAAAUGGAGCGGGUCCUUGAUCAGAGAAAAGCACUGGAGGAUCUGGAAGGAGAACUGACAAAACGAGAGGAAAUCCUGGCUAAGAAAGAAGCUUUGCUGCAGGAACGCAGCGGGCUGGAGACCAAGAGGCUUCGAUCCAGUCAGGCUUUGAGUAAAGAUUUGGUGACACUUACUGGACGCAUCGAGACCCUGGAGCAAGAGCUCAGUGAGAGGAAUGGUCUCCUUCGAAGCGGCAGCGCUCAGGACUCCCAGCAGAUCCGACAGGAGAUCUCGAAUCUGCGGCAUGAGAAGGAUUCGUUGCUCAAACAGCGCGUUGAGCUGGAUGAUAAACUGCGCAAGGGAAACCUGCUCUCACCCGAAGAGGAGCGGACCCUUUUCCAGCUGGACGAGGCCAUUGAGGCGUUAGACGCAGCCAUUGAAUACAAGAAUGAGGCAAUCACUCAGAGGCAGAGACAGCUAAGGGCUUCUGCCAGUAUGCUCUCCCAGUGGGAAAUGAACCUCAUGGCCAAACUCAGUUAUCUGUCCGCCUCUGAGACCAGAGCUCUGCUGUGCAAGUACUUUGAUAAGGUGGUUUCUCUUCGUGAGGAGGAGCGAAAGCUGCAGCUUGCACUGGCCGAGCUCGAGAUGCAGCUGGACGAGCAGCAGAGGUUGGUGCAGUGGCUGGAAAAUGCCCUGGAUCGUGCACAGUUCGACACAGAUCGACGUCUUACACAGCAGCAGAAAGAACAUGAGAGGAGUGUGCAGCUGCUCCUGCAGCAGUGUCGAGAACAAUUGGAUGAGGGUUUGGCAGGACGGCAGCGGCAGUACGAGGGACACAUCCAUAAUCUGGUCAAGGAACUCAACCACUGCAGGACAACAAAUCUGGAGCUUAGCAACAAACUGAGAGAGAUCUGUGGUUCAGUCAGCCAGCCUAAGGAGCAUCCCAAAGUAUUAGCGUCUAAUGGCAAACCUGCACACCAGGGCAGUCGAGGCCCUGAGGAGAGUGUUGGAGGCAGAGGGACAGGACACCUCGAUAAACCCAGCAGGUCCAGAGAGGAAAUGAGAGAACUGGUGAACACUCCUCUUCCGUCUACGUGGAGACGUUCCUCUCUUCCAUCGGAGGAACCCGCCGUAAUGGAAGAACUGUGGGUUCAAGCAGCCGGGGACCCUCCAGGAAACCGAGUAGUUCAGAUGGGAACGGGGUCCUGGUGUGUGCAGACCUCCCUGCCAGUUGUUAAAUCCCGCAGAGAGUCCCGUCGCUCCAGCCUCAACUUUGCACAGCAGCCAUCAAACAGUGUGUUAAUUGAUGUACGGAAGAACCCUGUUUGAGACCAAAUGUUUUCAUGCUGAACUUUUGUUUUGUGGUGAACGAAUGAUGCUGUUCGUUCAUGGCAAACAAAAUUUGCCGGUUUGUUUUGUUUUUUUUGUUUUUUUACCAGUUUUGUAUUACAUUUCUAAAGGAAAUAUCACUGAAAUUUCUGCAAAGCACUUUUUCUAAAAAUAGUUGUUUUCUCUCCCUAAUUCUUAGUGUUUUUAAAUCACCUUGUUUAUAAUUUUCUGACUUUUUUGUAAACAUUGUAGUAUGUUUUUUAUAAAAGGUUUUACAAACACGUUUUGGGCUCUUUGGAUCUUUAGAGAAUAUUUAUAUUUUAGAUUGUAUAAUGUAAAGAUAUAUAAUUGUUAUUUCAGUCUGCACACCUCUGUUAAGAGGCUUUUUGACUCCUAAUGUUAAUUGCAUAUGUUAUUAACUUAAUCUCGAGAUCUUAAUACCUUAAAAAAUGAAUCACAAAGAAACAUUUUUUAAAGCUUCUCCUCUGAAACUCUUCGGCAUUCACAUUUGUUAUUUUGACUUAUAUUUUAACUGAUAAUUAUUUAGUUAUUUUGCUAUGUGUUGUGAAAUAAGAUAUAAAAUAAAAACGUGCUGUACAUAGACUAUUUCAGGGGGACAAGGUUAGACUAGUCUGCAGAGUUAACACUGGAGGGCAGUAUAAUAGCUCAUAACAUCUGUGAUCAGCUAUGCCAUCUGUUUUACAUUUCUUUUGUACACAGGCUGGGAUUAUUCUCUCCAAUUUAACAACAGACACUUGAUUAUUAACCUGUUUUCUACAUUUGCUUUUAAGCUAUUUAUAGGAGGUACACAAGAACAACACAUAAAGUCCAGUAGGUUUUCUGUUCCAUUAAAUCUAACUAGCUUCAAGUGCAAUUCGUUAAUAGGUAGAUCAGGUAUGCUAAAGAAAAAACAGAUAUUGUAUUUUAAAUCUGCAAUUUUAAUUUAAAAUUGAUUGGUAAGUAUUUUUUAGUACAUGUUGUCCUGGUGAAGUAAACUGGUUGGUGAAUUUCAUUGAUAUCGCUUUGAAGUAUUUGUAUCCUGUAUUCCAGAAUAAAGUUGUCAUUUUGUCGCCAUAAAGACAUUU